AACAAUGUAUUAGUCGACAUAGCUAGCUAGGCACUUGCAGAGAAUGGCACCUGCAGAUAUGUACCAGAGAAUGGCAUCAGUAUUCAUUACAGAAAGGGAAAAAAUUGACAUGUGGGAUGAACCGCUAGCUAAUUAUAAUUUGCAUAUAAUUUCGCUCUUCACAAACCCAAAACUCAGAACUCUGAACCCUUUUCAAUGACGUGGGCGCUUUAGCGCGGCAUGCGUGUACAGUACCACUGUACCAGUGUGGUUCUAUAGUGAUUUUGGUGUAUGGAGGUUGACAUGACUUAUUAAAGGCGACUUCUCAUGGUAAGUUUGGAAGCUGAUCACAUGGGCUGGUCUCUCAAAUUUAACUUCGAUCAGGGUCGGCCAUACGUUGUCCUCGCCUCGCUUUCCUUAUUGUCCUCAUGUAAACAGAAACUUUAUGUUCAGUCUUAUCAUCACUGACAGGCUCGAAAACACUGAUCAUCUACCUAACACUAUAUAAAGACGAACUAACAUGCAGAAAGAUCAAGACCAUCAAACAUCAGAGCGAAAAAGAAUUUAUAAAGUAUGGCCAAGUCUAGAAGUAUCAGUGGCAAGAAGAAGAACAGCAUAGUGAAGCUCAAGGUUGUAGUAGAAAAGCUGCAGCGGAGUCUAUUGUUGAGCCGGAAAUCCAAUUCAAGUUUUGAAGACGACUCUACCUCAGUGCCCGAAGACGUUAAGGAAGGUCACUUUGCGGUGAUUGCCGUGGACGGGGACAAACCGAAGAGAUUCGUGGUGCCGUUAAGUUAUCUGGCUCACCCAACUUUCUUGAAGCUGCUGGAGCAGGCGGCCGAGGAGUACGGUUUUGAUCACGAGGGUGCCCUAGCGAUUCCUUGCCUGCCAAGCGAGCUUGAGAAGAUAUUAAGUGAUGAGCAGUGGCAGAAGAAAGACUCAUCCUCAUCUAGCUCGGGUGUUAACUGGAGUUCUUGUAAAGCUUUGGUGUGGUCUGUGGAGCUACUGAGUGAUGAAGUUUAA